AUGUGCCUUACAGCUGUAGGUUUUGGAAUGGAUCCUGACUUACAAAUUGAUAUCAUCACAGAACUGGAUCUUGUGAAUACGACCCUUGGGGUAACACAAGUGUCAGGACUACACAAUGCCAGCAAAGCAUUCUUAUUCCAAGAUGUAGAAAGAGAAAUCCAUGCAGCGCCCCAUGUGAGCGAGAAGUUAAUUCAGCUCUUCCGGAAUAAAAGUGAGUUUACGUUUCUGGCCACCGUGCAACAGAAGGCAUUGACUUCUGGAGUUAUACUGUCCAUCCGAGAGUUAGAGCACAGCUAUUUUGAACUGGAGAGCAGUGGCCUACGGGAUGAGAUUAGAUAUCACUACAGGUUUAAUGGGAAGUCAAGAACAGAGGUGUUCCCGUACCGUCUGGCAGAUGGACAGUGGCACAAGAUUGCUGUGUCCCUUAGCGCGUCCCACCUUCUGCUCCAUGUGGACUGCAACAGGAUUUAUGAACGCAUCAUUGAUCCCCCAGAAAUGAAUUUGACACCUGAAAGUAAUUUAUGGCUCGGACAGAGAAACAGGAAGCACGGUUUCUUUAAGGGUGUUAUUCAGGAUGUGAAAAUCAUCUUUAUACCUAAUGGAUAUAUAAUGCAGUGUCCUAAUCUGAAUCGCACAUGCCCGACCUGCAGUGAUUUCUUAAGUCUGGUGCAAGGAAUCAUGGAUUUGCAAGAACUCCUGGCAAAAAUGACUGCAAAAUUAAAUUAUGCAGAAACAAGACUGAGUCAAUUGGAAGACUGUCACUGUGAGAAGACUUGUCAAGUAAAUGGAUUGAUCUAUAGAGACAAAGACUCAUGGGUCGAAGAUGAUCACUGCAGGAAUUGCACUUGCAAAAGUGGAGCUGUGGAGUGCCGAAGGAUGUCCUGUCCCCCUCUCGAUUGUCCUCCUGAUGCUCUCCCAGUGCAUGUGGAAAGCCAGUGCUGCAAAAUAUGCAAGGCAAAGUGUAUCUAUGGAGGCAAAGUGCUAGCAGAAGGUCAGCGAGUAUUAACCAAGAGCUGCCGGGAAUGUCGAAAUGGAGUUUUAGUAAAAGUAACAGAGACUUGUCCACCAUUGAACUGCUCAGAAAAAGACCAUGUUCUUCCAGAGAACCAGUGUUGCAGUGUUUGUAGAGGCCAUAACUUCUGUGCAGAGGGGCACAGGUGUGGUGAAAAUUCAGAGUGCAAAAACUGGAACACAAAAGCUACUUGUGAAUGCAAGAAUGGUUAUCUCUCUGUCCAAGGCGACUCUGCAUAUUGUGAAGAUAUUGAUGAGUGUGCUGCCAAGAUGCAUUAUUGCCAUGCCAAUACCGUGUGUGUUAACUUGCCUGGAUCCUAUCGUUGUGACUGUGUCAUGGGAUAUGUCCGUGUGGAUGAUUUCUCCUGUACAGAGCAUGAUGAGUGUGGCAGUGAGCAGCAUAACUGUGAUGAGAAUGCAAUCUGUACUAACACUGUCAGGGGACAUAGCUGCACCUGCAAACCUGGAUAUGUGGGGAACGGGACCAUCUGCCGAGCAUUCUGUGAAGAGGGGUGCAGAUAUGGUGGAACUUGUGUAGCCCCUAACAAAUGCGUCUGCCCUUCUGGAUUCACAGGAAGUCAUUGUGAGAAAGAUAUUGAUGAGUGUGCAGAGGGGAUCAUUGAGUGUCACAACCAUUCACGCUGUGUUAACCUCCCAGGGUGGUACCACUGUGAGUGCAGAAGCGGUUUCCAUGACAAUGGAAGCUAUUCUCUUUCCGGGGAGUCCUGUGUUGAUAUCGAUGAGUGUGCCUUAAAGACCCACACCUGUUGGAACGAUUCAGCCUGUGUGAACUUGGCAGGAGGGUUUGAUUGCCUUUGUCCGUCCGGACCAUCUUGCACUGGAGACUGUCCCCAUGAAGGCGGCUUCAAGCGGAACGGGCAGGUGUGGACCCUGAGGGAGGACAGAUGCUCCGUUUGUUCCUGCAAGGAUGGGAGGAUUUUCUGCCGGAGGACAGCCUGCGACUGCGAGAACCCCAGCGCUGAUCUCUUCUGCUGCCCAGAGUGCGACACCCGUGUCACCAGCCAGUGCCUCGACCAAACUGGGCACAAGCUCUACCGCAGUGGGGACAACUGGACCUACAGCUGUCAGCAGUGCCGCUGCCUGGAAGGAGAGGUGGAUUGUUGGCCUCUUCUGUGCCCGAAUCUAAACUGCGAGUACACAGCCAUCUCAGAAGGGGAGUGCUGCCCCCACUGUGUCAGUGACCCCUGUGUGGCUGACAACAUCACCUACGACAUCAGGAAAACCUGUCUAGACGGUUAUGGAAUUACAAGACUUAGCGGCGCUGUAUGGACAAUGGUGGGAUCUCCUUGUACAACCUGCAAAUGCAAGAAUGGGAACGUCUGCUGCUCGGUGGAUUUAGAGUGUCUCAACAAUAACUGACGUAGUCAGACUGGACUGUGCCAAGGGAGGAAAACUGAUGAAGUUAACACCUGAAACGAAGUCGUAUGCGUUGGCAUUUUAUACAACAGACAAUUACCAAAGUCUCCGCAUGAGGAAGAUGUUUGGGAGUUGCCUUUGGGACCUAUCACUAUGCUCAUCCUUGCUAGCCUUGUCUGGGUGACUUACAGUACAGCGCAUAUAAGUCAAUGGUUGUUAAAAGUUUUCAGUGUUGUAAAUCACACACUUUUCCUGUCAAGACAUUUGCAAAUUGUUUAAAUUAUUUCAUGGGUAAACUAAUGCUGUAUUUUUGUUUUAAUUUGUGUAUUGACUACAUGAUAGAAUUCAGCUCUUCUUACUUUGGAUCUAGAUUUUAUGAAUAAGACAGCCUGUUGUGAUUUUGUCUCAUGAUAUCACAUACUUAGUUC